UAUACAUGUUUAUAACAUCUUAUAUUUUUUCUAUCUUGAAGCAUCAUUUUAUGGAGAGAGCUACAUCUUUGACCCUCUACAAGCUGCUAGCAACGAUACAACCAUUUCCUUUGAGUUCCGGACUCACCAGCCACAGGGUCUGCUGUUUUUGGCCGCCGGGGAGACAGAUUAUGUCAUCAUAAGGCUGAAUGGUGGUGGUGUUGAAACCAGACUCAACCUGGGGUCUGGAGAAGCUGUGGCUUUUUCUGCCCGAGGUGUCCGUCUGGAUGACUCGCAGUGGCAUUCCGUUGUGGUCAAUCACACUGUGGACACUGUCUAUCUGGAGGUAGAUGGUGCUAUACAGUGGCAAGGCGCUACCCCGGGAUCAUACCAUGACCUCAACAUUGACUUGGGAAUACUUCUGGGUGGCAGCGGAAACCUAAAGAAAACCUUGUAUAAAGAUACCAAAUCUUUUCGAGGUUGCCUGAGAAAUGUCUUAUACAAUGGGAAGAACAUCUUAGAGGAAACAAGAGCCUUAGAAAGUUCUCAGUAUGCAUUUCAGAUAUCAUGGCAUUGUGAUGCGGAAUUUACAGCCUCCUCAGACUCUCCCAUUAGUUUUGAACAUGAAACAUCCUUUGUAGCUUUCCCUCACCUGAGAAUCAAUGCUGAGUUCAGCACCAUCCUCUCAUGCCAGCUGAAGACAAGGUCCUCAGACGCUAUCAUACUCUUCAACUCCGGGUCAGGGGUCACCUGGGAGGAUUUUAUUGCAGUAGAGUUGGUGGCAGGAAAGCCCAAACUGACCAUGAAUAAAGGUAGUGGCAUCGUUGAUGUGGCUUUAGAGUCUGUUGUAAAUGAUGGUAAAUGGCAUACGCUGAAAGUAACUGUGUCCGAGAGUGUCGUUAUAUUAGAUAUUGAUUCUGAGACCAAUUUAACGAGGUUUCACCUGGGAACCCAGAAUACCUUAAAUCUAGGAAACCAUCUUUUCAUUGGAGGUGUUGGAGUCACUGCUCGAUCUUCUGCCAUCAAGCUGGGGUUGGCGUCUCUACAAGGGGACAGUGCAGUCAAAGGGUCCAUGCUAGGCUGUAUACGUAACAUCAAGAUGAAUUCACGUAGUUAUGGCUUUCAUGACAUUCAAAUUUCUCGGCUGAUUAGAGCUCAGUGUUCAUGGGAGUACCCAUGUGCUCAAGAGCCAUGUAUCCCAAGUGCCAAGUGUACAGAGCUAGAAGGUUCUGAUUUCAGAUGUGACUGCGACCAACAUGUUUGUGUCAAAGAGCAGUUCCAGUCACACUCUGGUAAUAAAAAUAGUGACUUCAGUGGAAUCAUCUCAGUUGGGCAGAUUGAAGUGACAGAAGGUGGCUCUGCUGUCAUUGAUACUAAUGUUAUAAAAAUCCAGGACGAUUUCUUUAGAGAUGCCUUGCAAGAGGAAAAUGUUAUCUUCACCGUGACGAAGCCUGCACAAUUUGGGAUAAUUGAAGUUGGAAACAGAAGAGGAAACCAACAUUCAUUUACACCUAGGGAUCUUUUGAGUGGCAGUGUUUCUUACAGACACUACGGAGGACAGUCCAAGCUUGAUAGCCUGACACUGGAGGUGACCAUCAGCUCAUCAACUUCAGAGGUAGCAUCAAAGUUGUCUGACAGGUAUAAUUUUGUGUUGCCGGUGACUAUAGCAGCACAGCCAAAACACAAGCUAGAGGUGGUGCUACAAAGUGGCAAUAUCUUGUCAAUAACUUCUGGUGCCAGAGUCAGGAUAACCCCACAUGUUGUUGAUGUUAGAGCACCUAGUGUUGAUCCAUCUUUGCUGACUUUUGUUAUACUGUACCUUCGCCAGUCCACGAGCAUAUUUGAACGUUCCAGUGCACCAAGAGUUUCCAUCUCAAGUUUUACAUUAAAAGAAGUGCAAGAUGGCCAAAUAUGGUUUCAGCACAAUGGAGAUAAAAUGGUCUAUACCAAAGUGAAUGUCACAGAUGGGAUGCUGGUAAGUGAUGCAGUCGAUCUCCGUUUUAAAGAGGACAGUUUGACUAUCAACGUUAUUAAUAACACUGGCUUAUCUGUAAGCUAUGGCGUGGAAGCCGUCAUCACAUCUUCAAAUCUAAGUUCUGUAACUAAUGUUAAGUUAGAAGAUUUGGAGCUUCAGUAUCACAUCACACAGGCACCGGAGCAUGGUGCAGUUCAACGCCAGGAACAGGAAUCGUUAGAAUGGCUGGAUAUUGAAUCAUUCACCCAGAGACACAUUGACCAGGGUCUGCUGCGCUACAGGCAUCUUCCUGGAACCUCAAUUUCAAGUUAUGACAGCUUUCAGUUUGAAGUGAUGUGCAGGGAUGUCAAGACGAGCACACAUGCAUUCAGCAUUGUCUUCAAAACAGUGACUCUGACAAUAGAGAACAAUGACAAUUUGAUUCUGCUUCAGUCUCCUGUGGGGAAGUUCUCAGAGAAGAUGUUGCUGGUUGUGUCCAGCGCUGACAAAAUGAAUAGGAAAAACAUUGUGUACACAGUGCUGAGAGCUCCUCAGAAAGGCUCCCUGUAUCUCAUCAAGCGAAAUGAUAUCAAUGUGAACCUGUUUGACCAGAUCCCUGCACUGAAGAUCGACAGCUCAUUCACCCAGCAGGAUGUCAAUGAUGGCUAUGUGUUUUACAAACUGGACAGGCCAUCGUUUGACCGAGUCGAUGACUUCACUGACCUUCAGGCUUCCUACUUUGGGUUUACAGUUAUGGUCAGAUCGAUGAUUCAGUAUUUACCUGAGAAAACACCUGUUCGGUUUAUUAAUAAUGGGCUAAAGGAUGUUAUUGAAGGUGGUUAUAGCAUCAUUUCCAGACAAGAACUCUCUCUAGAAAUGGACAAUUUUAAGAAGUUUACCUUCUCUGUUGUCAGGCAUCCCGCUCAUGGGGGCAUCAACAUUGUAGAUCCAAGCUCUCAGGCAGUUCUUCGACAUAACGUGACCACUUUUACCAUGUCGGAAAUCAAGGAAGGAAAGGUGGCAUACAAACAUGAUGACUCUGAAAGCAAGGAAGACUCAUUUGCGUUCACUGCUGCUCCCAUAAUGGAUGAUUCUGAGGACAGCAUCCUAGGAGAGAUUCAGGAAUACUCUGGCACAUUUCAUAUUAGUAUGAAGAUGAGAAAUGACAAUCCCCCAGUGCGAGCCUUUACCAAAGUGUUUCAGAUAGCCACAGGUCAGGUCAAACAUCUAACAAUCAAGGAUUUAGCUUUUCAGGACCCAGACAUAGACUUUGAUGACUCCUUGUUGGUUUACCAGAGACAGCCUAUAGCCAAUGGAGAAAUCCUUAGUGCCACAACAGAGGAACCCGUCUAUAAUUUCACCCAGGAGGAUCUCAUUAAUGGUGCACUUUUGUUUCAACACAGGGGUGACAGCUAUGCUCGAACACCAAUUUUAGUCACGGAUGGCCAAUUUUUCAGUACAAGUUUGUUUGAAAUUCAAGCCUCAGCCCCUUUUAUUAGAAUUCUUAACAAUACAGGGGUAGAUGUCCAACAGAAUAAUUAUGCAACAAUCAGUAAUGAGAAUCUCAGUAUUGAGACAAAUCUAGACUUCAAGCCAGAAGAUGUGACAUUCCGUCUGGCUCAGGAACCAGAGUAUGGACACAUACGGGCACGGGGGCAGCAGGUGACCCAGUUCAACUACUUGGACCUACAGAACGGUCUGGUCAAGUACUGGCAUACUGGUGGGGACGGCCUUGAAGAAUCCUUUAUUGUGAGCAUACAGUUAGGCUCAUUGAACACACAAGCUCAGUUUGCCAUCAGGGUUAUUGCCGAUGGUCUCUCAGACCCACCUCAGAUUAUUCACAAUAACAUCCUAAAGGUAAUAGCUCUACAGUCUGAGGUGAUCUCUGAGAAUCUACUUCAGGUUUUUCAUAAAAGUUAUAAACCUCUAGAAAUUGAGUACAUAAUCACACAGCUGCCACUGCAUGGUCAUCUAGUCAUCAAAGGGAGACCAGUCAAAGAGGGCAGUGCUCCAGAGUUUACUCAGCAGGAUAUCAUCAAUGGAGAUAUUGUCUACAGCAGUGAUUCAUCCGAACAUACUUCUGACAAAUUUGUCUUUGAUGUCGGAACAGACCUGCAAAGUUUGAGACACCUGGAGUUCCUGAUAGAGAUAAUCCCAGUUCCUCGCCAGGUCAGUCAAGUGAGCGUGGGUGUUUUGGAAGGUGGCAGCGUCACACUUACUGAUAGAAAUCUGCUGCUAAGAGGACGACAGCUGCAGAAUAAGAAGUCAUUAUUCAAGAUCCAGUCUCCUCCCGUCCAUGGUAAAGUUAUUGUUAAGAAUGACAAGAAAAACAUGCAUGUCAGCUCGUUUACCAUCGAGGAUCUCGUGCAGGGUCAGGUGACCUACUUGCAUGAUGGCAGUGAAAGCUUGUAUGAUGAGCUGACUCUGAAAGAUGACAACACCGGCCAACGGUACCACAUCAUCAUCAAUGUGACCUCCGUCAAUGAUCAGCCACCAUAUGUGACUGUCAACACAGGCCUGGAUGUCUGGUCUGGAUCAGUGAGCCUUCUCACAGGCGAGCACCUCAAAUUCCGUGUGGCAGCACCAAGCAACGGUCACCUGGCAUUCCUCAACAACACAUUCAAGCAGAUAUCAGUGUUUACCCAGUUGGAUUUGGACAGUGGACGUGUAGUAUUUGUUCACAAAGGAGAUGAACAAGGAGAGUUCAGGUUUCAGGCAACAGACGGCGCCAAUAAAGACGAGUUUCGUGUGUUUAGGAUCAGAGCUCGGCCAGUACAAAUCACGGUACCAGUCAACAAUACUCUCAAAGCCUUUCCCAAUACCCUACAACCGAUUAACAAUGCUACACUAAUGGCGGUGACCUCUGCUGCUAACUAUAGCCACCCGGUUGUGUUUUCGGUGGUAGAACCAAAACCGCAGAAAGGUCGAUUGGUGACUCUUAUUGAUAAACGGGUUGUGGAUUUGAACUCAUUUACUCAGGAUGAAAUCAAUGAAGGUAAAGUGUUUUUCCAGCAUGAUGGUACCCUACGGAAUUGGAGAGAAACAGAAACAAUUUACUUUGAAAUAACUGCCACCUAUGGCCAAGCUGUGACAGGUCGUGCCCUUAUUAUUGAUAUUUCUUUUGCAAAUUUAAAUGAAGGAAACUACCGGAAACUUUUUAAUAUGAACUUCAUUUCCGUAGAAGAGGGAAAGAAGGUGACUAUCACAAGAUCGCAUUUUGAUUCGACUGAAUUGGUUCAGAAAAUUCGUAAGUUCGAACCUAAUGUCAACAUUGUGUUCUCAUUUGUGUCAUCCGUCAGGCACGGCUACCUGUGGUUUAAAGAUCGAGACCUAGAGAUCGAUGAGGAGUUUACACAGGAUGAUAUCAAUACUGGAGCACUCGUCUACAAACAUGACCAUUCUGACAGUCGCCAGGAUUGGUUUCAAUUUGCUGUAAAACUGUUAAUACCUCGAACUCAUUUAGAAGCCAGUAACUCUGUUGCUAAAAUUCUCAACUUCUCAAUCGCUGUUGAACCUGUCAAUGACCAAGGAUUCGAACUGGUGACUCGUCACCCCAGAAUUAAGGUCAAGCAAGGGUCGGAGAUCAAGGUGACUGCUCAUAAUUUAACUACAGUUGACCUGGAUACUGGACCUGAAGGAGUCGAGUACAAGAUUGUGACACAGCCUGCAAAUGGCAUGUUGGUGAGACUGCCGUAUGAUCGAACCAGGUUGCAGACAUUUACUCAGAAGGAUAUCAAUGAUGGCCUCAUUGUUUUUAAACAUGAUGGGACUAGGGCAACCAGUGGUUCCCUCCAUUUCCAAGUGUGGGAUGGCAAGUUUGAGCCGUGGCGUGCUACCCUGGAGAUCACAGUGAUUCCUCUCAUGAUAGAAGUGGCCCAGGACAGGCAUGUGCCUUUGCUUCAGGGCCAGAACUACAUAGCACUGUCUAACCAGCACCUGAAAAUCUCCACAAAUGGAGACCUGAAUGCACUAAAGUACACAGUGACCCAAGCUCCACAGUUUGGAAAGUUGAUGAAGUACAGCAGUGUGGUAACUCAUUUCACGCAGGCAGACAUCAACGGUGGGCAGCUGUUGUACACACAGGAUGAGGAUUCUCCUGGCGAUGACUUCUUUGUGUGUGACAUUGAUCACACCAGUUUGGAUUGCUCCUUGAAAACUGUUCAGUUUGACGUGAUCAUGAAGCCCAGGGUUAAGCAACGUCCACUGAUAACAGCUCCCGGUACUCAUGUGGCUAUUACCAGGUCCAGUUUGGAUGCCAGCGAACUGGCACAGAUCACCAACGACAAUCCUCAGUUUACUGUCCUGACAGCUCCACUGCAUGGCCGGAUCAUGAGACGACAUCGCCAGCGCCGACAAACUACCCUGGAAAACACUUUCCAGCCGGUGUCCAACUUCACAUUUGAAGACAUUGUUUACACCAAAAUCUACUAUGUGCCAAAUCCAGACAGGCACAAUAGCGGGGAUAAAUUUAUUUACCUUCUAGAGGCUAGAGGUGUCCCACCGGCCAGAGGCGAAUUUCUAAUCCAGCUGGAUACACAGGAUAAUAAUCCAGGUGGGGAGAAUGGGCAGAUUGGCCAAACAGAUUCGGACAAGACUGAUGGAACUUCUUCUAAUCCAGAUGGAAAUAUGCCAGAUAAUAAGAGCGGAGAACUGGAUGAUGAUCUUGUUGCAUCUUCUGUAGAUUCAAGCCCAGAUGAUAAUAAUAACAAUGUGGUCAUAGCAGUAGUGUUGUCGUUAGUUUUUGUUGUCAUUAUCCUAGUAGUGAUAGUUAUUCUGUUUAUCCGCUGGAGGAGGCGUAACCAGGCAGCCGUGCGGGAAACAAAACCAAACAAACCGAGACCAUAUAUCAGCGGGCCUUUACAGCUAGAGCAGCCACAUGUCCAGAUUGAAGCAAAACAUGAAGCGCUGGGAUCUCCAUGCAGUGCAGACAAUGUUGUCCUUGUAUCCAGAUACAUGGAAGAAGAUCAGUGUGCAAAUGCAACCAACGCAGAAGUGGAUUCCUUGCGUCGUGUAAACCUCAGAUGCUCUUCUCCGUCACCAGAUGUAACAAAGCUGGAUUAUAAUUCCCAAUCUGACCAGAUUUCUGAAGACAUGGAGCGCCGGUCAACGAUGACCAGCGGCCGAGGAUCAGAUGCAAGUGCCGACCUUUUAGACUGGACUCUGAUGGACCCAGACAUUCUGCAGCAGUGUAGGAUUACCACGCCCGUGCUCCGUAACAACCAAUACUGGCUUUAG